GGCGGGAACGGGCUGCCACUGGCGAACACGCACUUGCCCUGCGAAGGAUAACAAAGCACAGGAUCGUGUGUGGCGCUGCCCAUGCCUACGGACUGCGGCGGCGACCAGCAGACCGGCGGAGGCCAGCAGGUGGGACGGCGGCAGCCGCGGCUGCGGGCCCUCCGCGAGCGGCUGGUGUCGUGCAAGCCCGUGCAGCGGUUCCUCGACUGGUACGGACAGUUCUGGGGCGACGACGACGAAGAGGAGCGCCGGCUGCACGAGGCGGACGCCGACGACGGAUUCGUCAACUGGUUCUGCCUGCCUUUCUUCGUGACGCGCAGGCCUCGCGGCGCCAAGAACGUGGAGGCCGCCCUCGGAGGAGGACCCGACGCCGUGCUGCGAUCCUUCGCGGCGGCCGCCAAAUAAAAUAAAAAAGCACCAAUGACCUCCGCGAGAAAGUCGUCGGCCGCUUGCAAUGAGGCGGAAUAAACUACUGGACC